GUCACUUCCGCGUGAAUCUCGCCACGGUGUAGCGCCCGAGCCGAUUUUCCGCUCGGCUGUUGACGCCUAGUAUCCGAGCACACGCGGCAGGCCUCGCACGGCUACAACAGCCGAAAGACGCACGCGCGCUCCAAAGUAUUUCGCCGGAGCAAUGGGUGACUCACGCGCUAUACGUUCCGAUGAUAUAUACGCAUAUUUCGUCCAUAAAUCAUUUCACGUGCAUACACCCGAGUCACGUUGAAUAAAGUAACGCUUUUCGAAUAGUCAUCAAAGUUAUUUCGAAGUACCGACCUGGGGUUUUAGCCGCUCGUCACUUUUCAGCGCCACCGUCCUGUUUAUGAACGUCAUCGAUGAAAUUCAAUAGAUUUGCUCGAGGCGGGCCUCGGCACGGGCUCGCCGAAAACCUUCGAGUUAUCGUCGAGGAGCGCGUGCGGCAAUCGCGUAGAGCGGCUGAAAAUAAGCCGGCGAACGAACGAUCGCUGCUCCAAUCGAUCGCUCGGCUCGCUCGUAUUUUUAGCUCCGCCGUGUUUGCCGUGUAAAGCAACUCGUCGCGGGAGUUUUCGAACGGCUAGCCGAGUAUGCUUCUCGCUGCAGCCUCGAGUGUUUCGCCCUCAACGAAAAUGACGGAAGAUCAAUUGUCGAGCGAACGCCAGGAUUUUAGAUUCGCCUCCGACGCAUCUCGCGAGCGCGAGUUGUCGAAAUAAACGUUCAACUCCCUUGUCGUUCUUAAACUCAACUUGAAUUGCCGUUGCGCUUCGACGCAUCGACGCUAUCUCCUGACGUUGCUAGUUGAAGCUUGGCACGUAGGAUCGACGAUUGAGCGGAGCAUCAGUCCUCCGAUUCCCGGGCUUUCCGUAUAAUCGUUCACGAGCAAAUUCUGUCAACGAAAAACUGUUAUGGCGCGCGAGGAUCCCACCACGCUCGAUCGGUGAGUCACGCGCGUCGCGCUCGCCGGGUUUUCGUGCGUGGAUAUUGUUUUAUUUUAUCUUUCUUUCUCCGCUCGAUCAGCGUUCUGGCUGUCUCGCCACGAGCUACGUGCGAGUCCGCCAAAUUGCCGAUCGCCAUGUUUGCUAUCGAUGUCGUGGACGUAAGGGUGGUGCUCCAGAUUUCUUGAGAAAUGUUCUGGGUAGCUUGGAUUCGAUUGGAAAAGCAGAACUAAUACAUUUGAAAUAAUCAAUCGUCAACUCUCAAAUCCCAUCAUUUUAAUACUCGUUUCGAGCAAAAAAAUACCUAAUUUGGUAACUCCCUACUCAUUUUAAUUUCUUUCUUCAAGCGAGUAGAACCUUCAAACUGAAACGAGUUUGUUUGUACAAUUUGAAUCUGUUCACAGGAUGCUGAUUCGCAAAUCUAUUCGAGCAUUUCCCCUGUUCGAACAUUCGCGGCGUUCCACUGACGUAAUACUCGCUCGGUUGACCGAUGAUACAAAGACGAAAAGAGCGCGUGACCCACAUCGGAAAAAACGCGCGCUCGCACGCCUCGCAGCCGAGAGAUCUAAGAUUCCUAGGACGAUCGAUUGGUCGAGCAGAGCGCGAGCGGACCUACGUGCGUAUCCUCACGCGCCAGGAUUGCGUUGCGCUCGACUAUCGCCGAAGUCGAUCGCGGUCGUUGAGACUCGCAUGCUGAAGGCCAUCGAAGCCCUUCGACGUGAUCGAAGCGAUCGAAAGUGACCGAGUGCGGAUCGAGGACUUGCGGUGCUUAUAGCUGUCCUGUUCUCGACUUUAUGGACUAUUCUCGUUUCGAGAUCAAUGUCACGUAACGCAUCCGUCCGGAAUAAAUGUAGGUAUAUAGAGAAAGUUCUGCUCGAUUUGCGUCAGAUUUCGACUUUUCUGACGUAAUAUUCUUGCGACCAGCCGACGAUCAAUUUCAUAAUUUCUUCCCUAUUUUCUUAUUUUAUCUUCCGUGGCGUGCGGAAGUUCGCGAAAAAUCUCGCGGUGAAAAAGUCGAAGGAAAUUUCAUUUCCGCCUUGCCGCCGUUAUCUCCGCGGAGGUGAAGCUCGAUAGCGUUCGAGAGGCGCGCGGGUGAAGUCGAUCAAGCAACUCCCAGAAGACGAUCGCUGAACGGAGCAAUGCCCACGCUACGGUUGCUCGAGUGUAACGAGUAUUUUCCUAUCUCUCUCUCUCUCUCGAAAAACUCACACGUUCGCGUGCACGUACAGCAAUACAUCGCCGAUCACACGGCGGCGCGCGCGAGGCCAUCAUCCGGCCACGCCAUCGCACAGAACUGCGCGCGAUUCGACGCAAUCGGCGCGUCCCUUUUUUUCCGUUCUCUUCCUUUUUUCUUUCCUCGGGCGAUCAUCGAUAGGCUCGCUAUCUGGUGGCGAUAAGCCGCGCACGGCGUUGCGCAAUCGCAUCGCCGAGCGCGGCGAUUCCUCCUCUCGAUCUCCAUCUCGUCGAGCGCGCGCCCGCGCAUCUUCCGGCGAGCCACGUAGGCGAGCGAAUGGGAAAGAACGAAAAAGAAAAAGAAAAUAAAAGGACAAGAAAAAGCUGGCAACAAUGGGAAAGGCGGUCCGCGCAAAGGCGUGUUUUCGGCGCGCGAUUCAACUAGCCGCUGCGAGAUCGCGCGUCGACGGAGCGGAGGGAAGGGAGCGCGAGGCGCGAGGCGCGAGGCGAGCGACGGGCCCGCGGAGGCGCGCGUGCCGAUGAUCAGUGUUCCGAGCGACACCGGCGCUCCCGUACGCUUGCCAGUUCCGCAGCCUCUCCAGCGACCGCUGUCCGCCACGACGAUGCUACGCCUGGGCGUCCUACUGCUCGCCGUCCGCCUGGCCGAGGCUGCGACGAGCACCCUCGGCGACCACCGCGACGCCGGCGCCAGGGACUACGCCGCCUAUGCCACCUACGACUCCUACACCAACACCUGCAACAAGGCGCGCUGCGAGGACGUCGCCGAGCUGUUCCUGCGCAGCCUGAAGAAGACACCGGGGGCCUGCGACGACUUCUACGCCCACGCCUGCGGCGCCAAGCGGACCAACGUGCGCGCCCUCACCAAGGAGAUACAGGAGAUACUGGAGAAGCCGAUCGAGCUCGAGGACGGCCGAGCGCUGAGCGCGGAGAAGAGGCUCUACCGCAGCUGCGUGCGCCAGAAGGACGGGGAGCAGCGCACGAGGCACGAGUUCGGCCGGCUGCUGCGGCUGUCCAACGGCGCGGCCCUCUUCCGCGAGAGCGCGCGCUUCGGGCGCAAGAGCUGGCUCGGCAUUGACGGCUUCUACGCCUCCUUCGGCUUCGAGCACGCCUUCUUCAACGUCCACGUUACCCGCGAUCCUCAGCGCUCUGACGUCAAUGUUAUCUCCCUGAUGCCACCGUCGCCGCUGUUCUUCUACUCGGUGCACGGCCUGCUCAAGUACAAGAAUUUCAGCGGCAUCCUGGCUAGCCUGGACAUCGACGCCGAGGGGGCCCGCGUGACCGACUACGGCGACGUGGUCGACUUGAACAACGCGCUCCACGCGAUUCUGCCACCGCUCGGCAUGUUCGAGGAGAACACGACCACCUUGAUCGACAAUCGCAUGACCAUCGACGAGUGGCAGCACGUCUACGACGCCUACAGCCAAGGGUGCAGCGCCGAGGGCAACCGCAACUACAUCUACUGGCCGAAGGUGCUGAACGUGCUGCUGGGCACGGCCGACGUGCGCGCCAGGGGACGGGACGCGAUCGUCAUCAAGAAAACGGACUACUUCGCGCAGCUGGCGCGGAUCUUGGAGCGGACCCCGCCGGCGACCGUGGAGAAGUACAUCCACUUCAAGUUCCUCGCCCAGAUCGGCAAGUAUUUGGGCCCGAGUCUGGCGCCAUACUUCGAGAACGUGGCCGACAGAUCGAGCUUCUGCAUCAAGCAGUCGGACAACCAGCUGAUCGGCGCGACGUACGAGUACAUCAAGCUACACGUGCCCGAGUUGCAUAAGCUUUACACCAAGGACGUGGUCGACAACGUGAGGAAGGCGCUGGUGGACCUGCUGGCCAAUGCCAAGUGGAUGGACAAGGAGACGAGGACCACGGCCGCGAGCAAGCUGAGCAAUCUGGACAUGACCGUGGGCUAUCCCUACUGGCAGACCAACAAGACCUUCGUCGACCAUUACUACGGAAACCUGCAUCUGCACGCCAACUUCUUCGACAACGUCGUCAAGUACAGGAGGCGACUGCUGGUCAACGAGCUGCGCGGACUGCGUCAUCCGCAGACCUACGACCCGACCACCAUGUCCCGCAAGCUCACCCCGCCGAUCUACCACUUCGAGGUGAACGGCCACGCGAAUCGAAUAGUCAUACCCACGGAGUACCUGAACGAGGACAAGUACCGGCUGUUCAGCAGGAAGCUGCCCAGCGCGGUCAACUACGGCAGCUUCGGCUCGAUGCUCGGCUCCGUUCUCUACGACUACGUCAGCCUCACGGACAGCCUCAAGUUCAACAAGUUCUACACGAGGAGCACCGACGGCCUCUCGCAGGAUACCAUCGACGCCUACAAAGUCAAGGAGAAGUGCCUCUCCAGUCAGCUGAUCAAUUACAAGAAGUCGGCGGCGAAGGCGGACCAGCCGCUGACCUCGCUGAUCGACCUCGACACGAUCCAGGUCGACAAGAUCUACGAGAAGAUGGCCGGCCUUAGGGCCGCCUUCGAGGCUUACAAGAAAUUCGAGCGGGACGACGAGAAGCUGCCCGGCUUCGAGAGGAUGACCGGACGCCAGCUGUUCUUCCUCUCCUACGCGGAGAGGAUCUGCGAGAUUGGCGACAUCUACGAUAGAUACGACGUGUACGAGCCGUCUCUCAAGGUCAACGGCGUGGUCUCCAACCUCGAGGCCUUCUCCGAGGUGUUCGACUGCCCAAGGCACAGCGACAUGAAUCGAGACGUCAAGUGCGACCUGUUCUCGUAAUUGGCAUCAACGAAUUAUCUCUCUCACUCUCUCUCUCCCUCUUUCUCUCUCUCUCAUAAAAAAAAUAAAAGAAAAACAAGAAAAAAUAUAUAAAAAGAUAUAAAUGUUGAAAAUCGAGUAGAGAAAUAGCUUGUAUAUAUCGAAUACUUUGACCUUGAAUCAAUAUAAGCUUCUAGGCUAUAAGUUUGUCGUUAUAGGCAUAGAUUUGUAGUUCCUCCCAAAAAGAGAAAUCUCCGAUCAUAUAAUUGAACUCAAGUGUUUUGUUAUCUCGUCGCUUGU